CUCCCACCACGCCUCUCAUUUGUGCAUCCAACCAACCAACCAGAAAUCGAAACCAUGGCGUUGUUACGGACGAAACUCAUGAUUUUGUUGUUGGUGGGAACCUCCGUGGCGUCGCCGUUCCUCCCGACGAAAACGGGUGGACAGUCGCCGGAGGUCUUUUGGGUGCAAAAUGACCGUGGCGUCGUCGUCCCUGCGUUACUGCAUGGUCUUCCGGAAAACUAUUCUCCUCAAGGGAUCGCGGAGGAUGUCCAGUUCCACUUGUAUAACAGCAAAACACCCUCGUCUUCGGUGGAAAUUAUGCCAGGAUGUACGAACAACUGUUUGGCGUCGCUCGUCCGUGGUGCGCCCGUGGUCAUUCUUGCCCAUGGAUUUAGUUCCGAUCAUCUCGGUGGAUUUGGGACUGGGCUGAGAGAAAAUUUCGAACAAGCUCCGGAAACGAUGAACCUGAUCUUUAUCAAUUGGGGAAAGCUAGCCGCUGCGCCGUGGUAUGAACUUGCUGCCAACAGUGUCGAACCAGUGGGAAAAUGGACUGGGAUGUUGAUCGACUUUAUCGUCUCGUCCGGCGCCGCGCCCUUAUCCGACUUUGUCUUUGCAGGACACAGUCUUGGCUCCCAUGUUGCAAACUUUAUCGCCCACAACAUUACAUCCGGUCAACUUCCGGUUAUUCAUGCCCUUGACCCUGCACUGCCGCUCUUUGGGGAGCGAACGGACGAUAAGAGGAUCGACCCGAGUGACGCUGCUUUCGUGAAUGUGAUCCACACCGCGUCCGGAACUUUGUUGGAUGGUGGCCUCGCUUUCACGGAGCCGCGUGGUGAUGUCGACUUCUAUCCAAACACGGGCAAAAAUCAGCCAGGGUGUGGAACUGAUUAUUUCGGAGCCUGUUCGCACAGCCGCGCCCAUGAAUAUUUUGGUGAGUCCGUCCACCGUCGAAACUCGUUCAACGGGUGCGUCUGCACGAGCUACGAGGAUUUCGUGAACACGUGCGACUGUACGUCCCGCGUCCCCAUGGGCUGGGCCACCCCCCGCGCCACCAGAGGAAUCUACUACUUGACCACACGCGCCUCCAAACCCUUCGGACUCGAUUAAACGCAAUAAGAUUUUUGUAAUAUUACCAUUUUUCUGUGAUAGUAAAUAACUUGAUGUGGAAAUAAUUUAUUAAAAGUAGCACGUGCUCAAAUUUAUUCCUCAA